AUGAAGAAGAAGUUGCAAAAGGAAGCACUUUCCGCUUGUUCUGCUGCUGUAGCCACCUCCACAGUUGACCUUAAAACCGUAAUCCACGACCAUGCUCUGUUCUUUGACAAACUAGUCGAAUUAAUCCCCGCAAAGUUCUACCUUCCGGUCGAUGAAGAUUCGAAACCCUGGUUUCAAGGUCUAAGCAAAGGCAAAAAAGUGUCUAUUAAACAACAAACGCGUGAAAACAUCAAGAAAUCCCGGCGUGAUCGUCUGGACCCUGAGAAAUCACAAACCACAACCCUAGAUCUUCUAAAGAAAAGCAUCAGUAAGAAUGCAAACGAAGAUAAGGAUUCAGACCAAGAGGACGAUGAUGACGAAGAGGAAGAAAUUGAAAUCAAAGUGAAACCGGUAUCGGAGUUUGACGGUGAAACCAGUAACAGUCACAAGUCUGUUACAUAUGAGGAGUUACAACAGAGACUGCAUCAUAAGCUUGAAAUGCUUCGCGCGAACCGAGGCCAGGGGAAACGAACAAUGAUAAUGAACGAAGUUAGAAAAAGGGAUAAUUAUACCGACAAGAAACGUAAACGGGAAGAUAAAGACAGUGGUAGUAACAAUAGAUAUGCCGGUGGUAGUGGUAAGGGAAAGGGUAAGUGUAACACCCGACUUAUUUAA